AUGUCAGCUACAGACGCCACCGACACCUCUCACAUCGAGGCUGAAGAUGUAGCAACCACCACCUCAGCUUCUGAGCCAAUUAAAGUCCCCAACAGCCCAACUUCAGCAUUUGCAGCCCUAUCAUUAUCCGACACUUCUCCUUCGUCUUCCAUCUUCACCCCUCUUCACCUCGCCGAACUUGCCUCAUCCACCGCCCUCGUCUCUGCCCUCGAUAAUGCCCGCAAAGCACCCAAACCCCUCGUCCGCUCAACAGGCCACCUUGUCCCCAUCCCUCACUCCCCUACCUCGCAAAACCACCACUUGCUGUCAUGGAAAGUAUCCGAAUUCGCAUACCGUAAAACCACCUCUCUCGAUUCCGAACUGCCUACCCUCGCUCGAGGGCUUUUCACCGAACGCCUUUCCGGCCCCACCCCUUCCUCUUCAGAACCGCAGCAUAGAAUAGUGGUUAGGGGAUACGAUAAAUUUUUCAACCUCGGCGAGUUGUCUUGGGUUAAAUGCGAGAGUAUCGCUCGCUAUACCACCCCACCCUACCUGCUUACGUUUAAGGAGAAUGGCUGUAUCAUCUUCAUCGCUGCUUUAUCACCUACUCAGCUCGUAGUCACCUCGAAGCAUUCGUUGGGGUCUAUCGAAGGUACGGAAAUCACCCAUGCACAAAAGGGCCACGAGUGGAUGCUCAAACAUCUUUCCACCCGGGGUAGAACAGAGGAAGAACUGGCGAGCGAGUUGUGGAAGAGGAACGAAACGGCUGCGUUCGAAUUAUGCGAUGAUUCAUUCGAAGAACAUGUCCUAGCCUACAGUGAGGCGAGAUCCGGGUUGCAUCUACAUGGGUUGAACAAGAAUGCAGCAAAGUUCAGCACUCGAAGCAUGCCAGAAGUGGAUGCUUUUGCGAAACAAUGGGGGUUUAUCCCGACAAGAUGGAUCCAAUUGGGGACUUUAGGGGAGGUGGACAAGGUGACGAAAGAGAUAGAGCAAACGGGAGCUUGGGAUGGGGAGCCGAUUGAAGGGUUUGUCAUCCGAACCCACAUGCCUGGCGCGGAAGAGAUGGAGAGGAUAAAGGAGAAGGAAGCAAGGGAUAAGGUGGUGAGGCCGCCUUAUGAGCCGGGACAAGCUUGGUUCUACAAGGUGAAAUUCGAUGAACCUUAUCUGAUGUAUAGAGAUUGGAGGGAACUAGCACGGAAAAUGGUGCGCGAGAAACAGGAGUGGGAGGCGAAACUUUGCACUCUACCAUCUGAUGCUAUUGCCUCUUCCUCCAACACCACUCCAGCGGAACGCGAACCAGAGCAACGCAAGGUGGACCUAGCGGUAGAAAGUCAGAAUGGAGAACCACCAUCCAAAUCAGCUCUCAAAAAGGCUAAGAAAGCAAAAGCAAAACUCGCAGCCAAAGCUCUCUCCUCUUCCCGCGCCGCUGCUCAAUCAGCCGGCCUCGUACCUCCCCAACCCCCCCAACCGCGCUCUAAACGACCAGAAACACUCCUCUUCAUCCAAUGGUGUUACGAUCGACUAUACGGAAAUCCUCAAGCAGGGGUCAAGGCUCAACCGGGCUUGUUCGCUCCAUUGGCGAAGAACAAGGGAAUUAUUGCUAUGCGUGAUGCUUUUCUAGCCUACCUUGCCUCACGCCCUUCUUUCUCCUCCUCCUCCGCCAACCCCGCGGAGGGGGUAAGGGAGGAUGAGAGACCAUACACUCAAACGGUUUUGGCACCGAUUGCUGUGCCAGGAUGCGGAAAGACUAUCCUUGCUCUCGCACUAGGCGAGUUGUUCGGGGUGGGAAUGGUCCAGUCAGACGACUUUAAAGCGAAAAAAGGCUUCCUCGCAGCGAUCGAAAAAGAUCUCCGCACUCAUGCCGCAGAUGGAGAGUACGUGCUGUUUGUGGAUAAAAACAAUCAUUUGCUCCAACAUCGAGACGAGCUGAUCGAUCUAUGCUCUAAACUUUCUGCACGCAAUCCUCUUGCGCAGGGGAGUAAAAAGAAGCAGCCCGCCGAAGUUGGCCGAAUCAGGACGAUAGCUCUAGCCUGGGACUUGGAUUCUGUACCGUUGAAUACGCUACAUCGGUUGUGUGCGGAACGAGUGGAGAAGAGGGGAGACAAUCACCAAACACUAGUGGCGGAUACCGAGGCGGAGGGGAAGGUCAGAGGGGUGAAAAGUCAUGAGCUUGUUUUGUGGCGUUUCCUGGAGGCACUAGAGACUUUCGGGGAAAAGGAGCGGUUGGGAGAGGGUAGGGAAGGCUAUGGUGAUUCCUCAUUCCAACACGUAGUUAAGUUGUCGGUGCAUGCGAGUGCGGAAGAGAACCUUGGCAGGGUGAUAGAAGAAGUUGGUGAGGUGGUAGGAUGGACCAUGCCCAGCGAGGGAAGAAUUCAAUCGGCACUAAAGAAGGCUUUGGAGUGGAGAGUAAGCAAGAAAGCGAAUGCGGACAAGAAGAAAGCGAAAGAGGAAAAGAAGGCAGAGAACGACGGCAAGGUUUUGGCGCCAAGGUAUUUCGGUCUCGCGGUCGAACUCGAUGUUCGUUCUGCCCUCGAUUCUAUCCUCUCUGGCACUGAGGAUGGAGAUAGCGCAGCAGAGUUUUAUAAGUCGGUCAAGGCAGGAGGAAGGAUCAACCUUCGACCGCAUAUUACGUUGGUGCAUAACUCAAACCUUUGCCUACCCGAUUCCGACACAGAGCCGAACGAAGCGGAUAGGAAAUGGCAGUUCUACACUCAACUCUUAGCCUCCAACCGCUCUCGUUCCACAGACAGCGUAUUCAAGAUCACGCUCUCCACCCUCCUUUAUGAAACGGACAGGCUGUUGACUUGGCCAAUAGACAAAAUAACCCCUCCCGCGGAAAUGGAGGACAAGUUUUGGGAGCUACACGAAAAAGACUGGGUACCGCAUAUUACAAUUGCAACAAGAGAUCACGAGGUCAGACCGUUCGAAGCCAAUCGUGUCGUACAGCAGUGGCUGGAGAAUGGAAAGAGGCAAACGGAUAAGAUUCGGGCGAUAAAGUUCAACGACCAGCUGACCGUCGAGGCAAGGGUGUUUGGAAUGACCUGA